UGCAAAGUGGGUUAAGAGUAUAUAAGGUCACUCACGCACAUGGCGGACGGAGUAGAGAGAGAAAGAAGAAAGUGGAUGCCGCUGUUAAUGGUGUUUAUCUUUUUGUACUUUUUGGAGCGCGAUUCGGUCUUUCCAAAGCCAAAGCCAUUCACACAGUCACCUCUUCACUUCUGAGUUUUCCGGCGAUGUGGAGGUAAAAUUUUACCACCGCUUAACGACCUUAUCGUCAGAUCCUCUUCGUCCUUAACCGCACGGAGUUUCCCAAACCCUAACAAUCAUCGGCGAAAUGCAUUUCUAAAUUCAGAAGUAUACAAGUGGAUAUUAUAUGUCCAGACUACAGAUCAUUCCGACAAUGAGAUUUAUUCUGUAGUGAGGCUUGAUGCUGGUCCUUCAUUCCUUUUUGAUGGUUAGCAUUUGACCAAGGAUACACGAAGAACUUUAGGAUUGUGGAAAAGUAAUAAUUCAGCAAAUAUGCUGUUCAACAAAGACAUUGAAGUUCUGUGUGAUGAUGGCUUUGAUGGGUCAGUGAAUGAGACACGGAUAUUUUCAGAUGUGUUCUUUGGAAAUGAGGGUGUUACCAAAAGGUGUCUUAUGACCGGAAUGAUCAAUCUGGAGGGCGACCUUACUAGCCAGACAGAUGAACCUGGACAUUUGUGUGGUGAAAAUUCCGGUUCAACAGUACAUCAUGAUUCUCAUGACAUGAAGGAAGAUUCUGGAGAAGACCCAUGUGAACAAGAGCUAAUUAAUAGUCACGCGGAAAAGGAAUCCGAACCAUUACCUUCCUUGGAUAUAGUACCUGCAGAUAUAUCUCAGCAACCUUCUUCCUGCCCUUCUCUGGGUGAGAUAUGUCAUAUAGUUGAAUCUUCGAAGCAAGGCGUUAAAUCAAGUUCUUAUUUGCAGAAGUGGCACACUGUGCGGGGCAAAAGUCACGUGCUUGGUGAAAUGGAUUCAUCAGCAUUAAGAUCAUCUAAAAUAGAAGGAAAUGGAUGGAAGGAUGUUGUUGGUAAAGCAAUUGCAUCACCUGCUUCUCAGGAGAGCUAUGCAACCAAGUUUUUGGUUGGAAGUGCUGCAAAGUCAUCAGGAAUUCUUCGACCUGGCAAGCCAAAGUGGAGGGACCAUUGCUUUGUAGAACUGGAUGAAGCUGAAUUGUUAACGAUUAAGGAUUCUCCAAAUGACCCUCGCCCUCUUCUCCGGUACCACAUCCAUCGUUUACUCAUAGCAGCAGGAUGGGUAAUCGGGAGGCGUAAACGCAAUAAUAAAUUUCAUGGAAUUGGUGAGUAUGUUUACAAGUCACCUGAAGGAAGACCAAUCCGUGAAUUCUGGAGAGCCUGGACCUUGUGUGGACAGAGUUUGUUUACUUAUGCAGAUGGUAUUUUUCCAGAAAAGGAUUGUAGGUUGUGGUCUGAUAUGACACAAUUUUUGAGUGACCUCUCAGUUACAGUGAUGGAAAUUGAAGAAAAACUGGCUACCUUAGAAACAGCUUCUGCAUUGGCUCGGCUUUGGAGUCUCCUUGAUCCCUUUGUAACGGUGGUGUUCAUUGACAAGGCAUUGCGCUCUCUCAAAGAAGGAAAAACAAUUAAAGCCAAAAUGACUUUGGCCACCGCUCCUGUUAAACAUAACAGGUUAAAGAAUGUAGAUGACACAGGAAUUCUAUUUGCUGAGAGGACUUUGCAGAAUCAGCCUUGCAGCACGUCUUUUGUCUCAGAUAGUGCAUUGACAAGUCUUGAGACGGAUAAAUGGAUCCUCAAGGAGUAUGGUGAUGAAAGUUCUCUCAACCUAACAGACUCGCAGAUCGGUGAAGGCAAAUAUAUGAAUGACGUAUCUUGUUAUUAUCCUAAUGAAAGAUCCAUGUGCUUAAGGGAUACUGACAGUCAAGGUGCUAAUAAAUACAGGAAACUCUUGGAAAAUGGUAAUGAUGUACUGGAAUUAACUCCUUUACCAGCUUGUGGAUCUGAAAGCACCAGUGAACAUGUUGAAUAUUGUUUGUUUGAAGUUCCUAUUAGUUCAGAAAAUGCACUAACCUCAAUUGGAGGAUCUGAUACUGUUCUUACACAGCAAGAUAGCAGUAAAAGCUUCUCAAGCAGUGAUGUAAAGAGUUCUGAUCAUGUUGAUGAUUUGUAUUUCAAAAAUGUUCCAGUGAGUGGUCUUGACGGUGGAGAAGUUCCGAAUUUGGUAGGAUCCAUGUUUAAGGAGCCUGUGGUGUUUGAUUCAGUCCAUAGAAACAGUAAUAUGAUGGACACCAAAUCUCUGACAAUAAUUUCCAACGGUAUACCUCAUGCAGAAAGUUCAGUCUUGAAAAGGAAGGUCCCAAAGAAAUCAAAAAAGUUAUCAGAAAUGGAAUUUACUAAUGGUUACCAAGAUGAUCAGUUUGAUCCAUCUUAUAAUAAGAGUGGAUUUCAUGAAUUCAGUGGAUCUGGCAUGCAAAUACGUUCAAGAGCUAUGAAGGGGGUCAACUCUGGGAAUAUUGAUGAUGAUAAUCCUUUGCGAGGAAAUAUUGAAUGUAAAGUAAUUACAAGCAAGCGCAAAAUUGGGUCAAAGAAACGUAAGAGAUGUCGUCUUAGUGAUGAUGAUCUCUUAAUUUCAGCCGUAUUUAGAAACACGACAUGCAGAUCUGGCAACAAAAGGUCCUCUGGUAAAAUCAAACCUCUAAGGAAAAGGAAGAACCAGAAAAGUGGUUGUAAGUUGCUUCUACGUAGCCUCAACAAGGGUGGAAAACACUUCCCCGAAGCAAAAUGGCCUACCUUUGCCUCAAGGACUGUGUUAUCCUGGUUAAUUCAUUCUGGGGUUGUCUCCCUAAACGAAAUGAUCCAGUAUCGGAACUUGAAGGAUGAUUCUGUGGUAAAAACCGGCUUUAUUACCACUGAUGGAAUAUUGUGUAAUUGCUGUGACAAGGUGCUAUCCAUCUCUGAGUUCAAAAGUCAUGCUGGUUUUAAGCUCAAUCGUCCUUGUUUGAAUCUUUUCAUGGAGAAUGGUAAGCCAUUCACCUUAUGUCAGCUUGAGGCUUGGUCAGAUGAAUACAAGACACGGAGAGCUGUUUCUCGAACUGCCCAAGCUGAGGAAAGGGACCAAAAUGAUGAUAGUUGCGGGCGAUGUGGUGAUGGUGGCGAGUUGAUCUGUUGUGAUAAUUGUCCAGCUACUUUUCAUCUAGCCUGUUUGUUCUCACAGGAGCUUCCUGAAGGGAGUUGGUAUUGUUCACAGUGCACUUGCCAGAAAUGUGGGGACGUGGUUAAAUAUAGUGAAGCAUUGAGUUCUCCCAGCGGAUUAAAAUGUUCACAAUGUGAACAUAAAUAUCAUGAAACAUGCAGUAAUUUAAGGAUUACAAAAAGUGGUCUGGCCUCUGAUACAUGGUUCUGCAGCGAAAGCUGUCAGGAGGUUUAUGAAGGUCUGCACUCUCGCAUCGGGUUUGUUAAUCUUCUGACUGAUGGCUUUUCGUGGACUCUUCUGAGGUGCAUUCAUGGUGACCACAGAGUUCAUUCUCAGCGGUUUAUUGCUUUGAAGGCAGAAUGCAACUCAAAGUUAGCAGUUGCCCUUACGAUUAUGGAGGAGUGCUUUCUUCCCAUGGUGGAUCCAAGAACUGGCAUAGAUAUGAUACCCCAUGUGAUAUACAGCUGGGGGUCACAAUUUGCUCGGUUAAAUUAUCUUGGAUUCUACACGAUGAUCCUGGAGAAAGAUGACAUAUCAGUAGCUGUAGCAUCAGUAAGGAUCCAUGGGGUAACAGUUGCUGAGAUGCCUCUAAUUGCAACAUGCAGUAAAUACCGCCGCCAGGGAAUGUGCAGGCGCCUACUAAAUUCUAUACUGGAGAUGCUAAAGUCGUUCAAGGUUGAGAAACUUGUAAUAUCAGCUAUCCCAGGUUUAGUGGAAACAUGGACUUGUGGCUUUGGCUUUGAACCCUUGGAAGAUUGUGAGAAACGAAGUCUAAGUCAUAUCAACCUCAUGGUGUUCCCUGGAACUGUAUGGUUGAAGAAGUCUUUGUUUCAAGUUACUGAUGCAGAUCAACCGAGUGCAGUUCAUCCGGGAGGAACAGUAUCCUGCCAUGAAAAUGGCCUAACCAUUAUCGAGCCCAUGCAACAUUGUGUGCCAUCUCAAGAUGCCAACACAGGAGCUGAUGUCAGACACCCACCUCAGUCUGAGAGUUUGCAGUUCUGUCAAGAUCAAGGUGGUAGUAAUCUUGCUGGUCAUGAGCCUGGGCAAGGCUGUGAAAGAAAUAUCAUUAAUCCAGAGCAUCAAACUGAAACCAGACUGCCGGACUCAAAUGAUUUACAAUUAGUGGAAGUCCAGUAUGUUGUUGACGCUCUGCCUGGCAAGUGCUCAAAACUCUCUGAGGAACCGGUUCUGACAUAUAUCAGCCAUGGGGAAGUAGGUUGUAGAGUAGAUAAUUUGCAGAUAAAUGUGGAAAGCCAUUUUUGUUUAGAUGAAGUGAAUUAAUGUGUUGCAGGGGAAUGAGAAAUGACGGUGAUAAUUUAUAAUUGUUGUCCUUCUACACCAGUUGACUUUGUCAAGCGGGAUAGAAAGUAUAAGCAAAACGAUGCGGAAAAUGAAAAAAAUGGGCGAAUUGUUUUUUCAGGCCA